GACCUAAACAGGAAGCGUUGCAUUCACUCUCAGACAACGUGAAAUCUGACAGUCAACUCCAGACAAAAUGCGGUGCAUAUAAUAAAACUGUUAAAUAUAUUGUCUUCCAAGUCUUCAGAUUGUGAUUGUAGCAUGUUGUGCUUUUAGCGGGUUCUGCGUCGGAAACAACAGCAUUUGUUACAAUGUUGCAGUCGGCAGCUAAAGUCCUUUCUUUUGCAUCAGCCACCUCAGUAUCUCGGGGAAUAGCGGCAGGUAUUCGACAUUAUUGUAAGAAUACACCAACUAAACUAAGAGUGUCCCAAGCUCUGUCUGGGGCAGAAUUGGGAUCUAACAUUAAAGUUCAGGGAUGGGUUCGCUCGGUUAGAGCUCAGAAAGCCAAUGUCUUUCUCCAUGUGAAUGACGGGAGCUCCUUGCAGUCAUUGCAGGUUAUCGCAAGUUCAGAGCUGAAUGAUCCGUUGCUCACAUUUGGUAGUGCCGUUGAAGUCACGGGCAUUCUUAAGAAAAGUCCACACCAAAAACAACCAGUUGAACUUGAUGCUAAGCAAAUCAAUGUAGUUGGAGAAUGUAACCCUGUGGAUUUUCCCUUUAAAAUCAAAGAGCGGCAUGGCCUUGAGUAUAUUCGCCAAUUUCCUCAUCUCAGGUGCAGAACAAAUGCUUUUAGCUCCCUGUUGAGGAUACGAAGUGAGGCCACUGCAGCAAUUCACUCAUAUUUCAAGGACAAUGGCUUUGUAGAGAUUAACACUCCAAUCAUCACGUCAAAUGACUGCGAAGGGGCAGGGGAGCUCUUUCAGGUUGAGCCAUCAGGCCCAGAUCAUGCAGAUGGAGAGAACUUUUUCUCUGUACCAGCCUACUUGACUGUGUCUGGACAACUUCAUUUGGAAGUGGUGUCAGGGGCUUUUUCUAAAGCCUACACAUUUGGGCCAACUUUCCGUGCAGAGAACUCCCAAAGCAGACGCCACCUGGCUGAGUUUUACAUGGUAGAGGCAGAGAUCUCCUUCACACAGUCCUUAGAGGAUCUCACUAAGGUUAUGGAGGACAUGUUCAGAUUUGCCACAGAGCAUGUAUUGGCUCACUGUGUGGAGGAUGUGGAUUUGUUUCACAAGCAUGUGACUCCUGGGCACAGGGACACUGUAGAUGCUAUGCUAAAGAAUAGCUUUCCUGUGAUUACCUACAGAGAAGCUAUAGACAUCCUGCGCCGCAGUUCAGAGAGAUUUGCCUUCCCAACAGAUUGGGGCUGUGACCUUAAGACAGAACACGAGAAGUACCUGGUGAAACAUUGUGGCAACAUUCCAGUCUUUGUCACUGAUUAUCCUUAUGAUCUGAAGCCUUUUUAUGCAAGAGACAACCAGGAUCAUCCUGAGCGUACAGCAGCUGCGGUGGACCUUCUUGUGCCAGGAGUUGGAGAGCUCUGUGGGGGCUCCCUAAGAGAGGAGAGGCUGAAUCUGCUGAGUGCUCGGCUGGAAGAGGCUGGCUUGGAAGACGUCUAUAGUUGGUAUCUGGACUUGAGGCGUUUUGGCUCUGUCCCUCAUGGCGGCUUCGGACUGGGAUUUGAGCGAUAUUUGCAAUGCAUUCUUGGUGUCGACAACAUAAAAGAUGUCAUUCCUUUCCCAAGAUUUUCUCAUUCUUGUCUUCUGUGAAAAAACAAUUCAAGCAUUUUGGAUAUGUUAAAAAAAUUAUGUAUGUCUGGGAAACAUUAAAUAAAUGUAAUAUUCAGGAUUGUUUUAA